UAGGCUAGGGCGCUUCCGGCUUCUUCCUCUGGGCAUGAGAUUAACCGGAGAGACCAACAUUACAACAAGUGGGGAUUUGAGCCAGACGCGGGGGGGUUUCGCUCCUCAGACAGUUCCACCAUCUACCUCAUCGUGUCGUCUCUGGUUUCACCGAGGAGCCGUCGAGCGUCGGCUAGAGAGGAUCACCGGGCUCCGAGUGGAUCGCAGGCAUGAUGGCGUCCAGCUACAACGCCAAGGAGGAGGACGGGCACGUCCCCGGCGCCGCCGGCCACGGCGGAGCGGCGGAGGCGAAGAGCAAGAAGCCGGACAACACGGCGUUCAAGCAGCAGAGGCUUCCGGCCUGGCAGCCCAUCCUGACGGCGGGCACCGUGCUUCCGGCCUUCUUCGUUAUCGGCCUCAUCUUCAUCCCCACCGGCAUCGGCCUGUUCGUCACAUCCAACAACAUCAAGGAGUUCGAGAUUGAUUACACCGGUGUGAACAGCGACAGUCCUUGCUACAGCUGUGCCACUAACGUCAGCUGGAACAACACAACACCAUGUCUCUGCUCUCUGAACUUCACCCUGAAUCAGCCCUUUGAGAGCAAUGUCUAUAUGUACUACGGCUUAUCCAACUUCUAUCAGAACCACAGACGCUACGUGAAGUCCAGGGAUGACAGCCAGUUGUAUGGUGACCCCAAUGCUCUGAAGAGCCCCAGCAAAGAAUGUGAGCCGUACCGUAUGAGUGGUGCACAGCCCAUCGCCCCGUGUGGGGCCAUCGCCAACAGCCUUUUCAACGACACUCUGGAGCUGUAUCAUAUUGAAGUCAAUGGCACAAGAAAUCUAAUUCCUCUGGUGAAGAAAGGAAUCGCUUGGUGGACAGACAAGCAUGUGAAGUUCAGGAAUCCCGAUGGAGACAACAACCUCACUGUAGCAUUCCAAGGGACAAGUAAGCCAGUGAACUGGAGGAAGCCAGUGUAUGAGUUGGACCCAUCAGAUCCUGAAAACAACGGCUUCAUCAACGAGGACUUCAUUGUGUGGAUGCGCACGGCUGCGUUGCCCACCUUCCGCAAGCUGUACCGCAUCAUCCAGAAGAAGUCCGGCUCCACCCCCACUCUACCCAGUGGCAACUACAUCUUGAACAUUGCUUACAAUUACCCUGUGACCAGCUUUGACGGUCGCAAGCGAAUGAUCCUGAGCACCAUCUCCUGGAUGGGGGGGAAGAACCCCUUCCUGGGUAUCGCCUACAUCACAGUGGGCUCCAUCUGCUUCUUCCUGGGUGUGGUUCUGCUCAUCAUCCACCAUAAAUAUGACACCCGCAACAGCAGUGGAGAUAUCCCAAACUAAACGAUUCUUCUGUUCUCUGUGCAUGCACGUGGGGCCCUGUGGGGUCCGUUCAGGACUGCUUGUUGAACUUCUUUUUUAGUGUGAAUACACUGUUCUCUGUGAUUGUCUGUCGCGUCUUUGUUGAAGGACAGAAGCGUCUUCGGUCUCAUCAAAAGCUGUGUUUAGGGUUAUUUUAAAAUGAAGACGCUAGAGUCUGUGUCUUUGUGCAUUAAGCUUUAAGUUGGCGCCUGCGAUCGUCAUUGCCCGUCCUUUACUUCUUUUUUUAUUCUUUUAUUUAUCUAUAAAUCUAUAAAGUGUCUAUUUUAGCAUCGCUUUGCAAAUGGCUUAAUUAUUGAAGGAUGUAUGUAUUUUUAAAGUGAUUGUCUGUUCUAUUUACCAUUAUAUGUCCUGCUGAUGAAUGUACCGUUCUAUUUUAUUGACAAACCUCUGAUGUGACCUUGACUAGAGGAUGGGAUGAACAUUGCUUGCAUGCUGGUAACUAUGAUAAGCAUUGCUGUUUAACAAGACCUACUUUACUCUUGCAGAGUCAGAGAACAUUUAUAAUUAAUACCAACCAAUCUACCCCCUCUGUGACUGGACGUAUAAGAGAAUGUGCCCGUAAUAUUCUGUAUUUAAUUAUAAGAAAUACUCUGAUACAAUCUAAUUCUUAUUAAUGAUCGAAACAUGAUUCUUUACAACUACAUAUCCAGUAUUCUCCUUUUAGAAGCACCUCUUGCUGAUCAGAGCACAACAUUAUAUUUUGGUUUUUACAUUUAGGUGAGUAAAAAUAUCCUGCGUUCUCCGAUGUUGACCAAAUUAUACUUAAUGCACUUUAAAAGUGUCACAUCUGUUAGUUUUCCUCUUGUUUUCACUCCAUCUUCUGUCAUUCUGAUGCGCUGUUGGUUAGUAAAUGAUUCGUUAACUGUUUAAACUCACAAGUUAUCGGUUUUUAUAAGGUUUAUAGGGUCCAAUUUAACAACUUGGUCAAUGUUCUGGUUUCAUUUGUGAUUGUUUUUUCGGUUGCACCUCACAGCCACCACCUCACUACUGCUGCUUUCAUCAUUAAACAUGUUAUAACUAAAUAAGACAUAAAUAAUGAAUUAAAAUCUCCCAAGAGGUGAAGAUUCAUUAUAUUUUUCUGAUUGUGCAUGCGUUCCAAAUUUUUGCAAGAUAAACCACACUGAAUAAUAUUAAACAUGAUAGGAGGAAGUUCUCUGCUUUGACGAUGUCCGUUCUAUUAUUUGGUGCAAGUGCAGUAAAGAUAAUUAGCCAGCAGAUGUCACUAUUUUGUUAGAAUCAAACAUGGAACAAUCUUUUUAUCAAGCUAACAGGUUAAUUUACCUUUUUAUACACAGUUUGUUUAUUGGUCACUAGUGGAAGACAGUUUGAGCUGAAGAGGCAGAAACUUUUCCAACUUCAUGUCACUUUAUACACAUGUGUAUUUGUGGGACUUCAGAUUCAGUGAACACUAUCACCAACAUCAUGAGGUCUCUCUAUAUUUGCUUUCUUUAACAGGAGGAUAGUAGUUUACAUUCAUCCGGAGGUCGGGUUAAGGGACACGCUGCUCCACAGAGUCACAGUGACUCUCAGUGUGUUUGGUAUGUCAGCAUUCAUCUGAGAUUUGAUGAGUCAGGCUCACUUCAGAUGUCUGUGUCUUUUUCUUUUUCUGUUUGGAUAAAACACAUUCGGCUCCCUAAUGUUAUUAAUGAAAAUAAAUAAAAUUCCUGUGA